AAGUAAUAUAUCAUGUAUUGCUCAUCUUUUUCAGUUGUUACACGGACAAUCUUCACGUCAAAUAAGGAAAAAUAAUGGUAGAUACAUGAGCGCUAUUUCAUGCACGUACAAUGGCUGAAAUUAAUUUCCUCGUUUUUAAGAUUAAUGGCACCGAUAUAAGUCAAAUGCCGGAAGAUAAAGUGGUUCAAAUGUUCCUUACUGCUGGCGAACCGUUGCUAGUAGAAAUGCAGCGCAAAUCAAGCAUAACUCCAAACUGUAGUGCGCUCGAAACUACUGCCAAUUCAGAUUAUAGUGAAAAGGACUGCAAAGACGUAAAUGCUAAAAUGGCUGGAAUGGCAAUUGCUACAACUCUUAAACCGAAAACAGGAGAAUCAGUGAAAUUUGAUGCAGAUUUAACCUCAACAGUAAAGUUGGUUGUAGCCAUAAAAACUUCGGAAGCGACAGCGACGAUAGAAAGUGCUUCACGAGAUAGUAAAUCGACUCAAACUGAUAAUAAUUAUUUUAUCUAUGACAACUCGAAGGAUAGAGCUGAGCAUUAUAUUGAGCAUGAGCACAAUUUACUGGAACAUUGUUUGGCACCUGAAAUCGAUAUCGAAGAAAUAACAUUGAGAAAGUCAGACAGCAAUGAACGCUUGGGACUAAUUGUUUGCUAUAAUGGUUGUGCUAACAAUGGUGCCUUGUCUAAUUCUGAUGACAAUGAUGCGUGCACUGAGGUAUACAUCAGUGGUAUUCAACCUGACAGUGUGGCUGGACGUGAUGGUCGCUUGCGUCAAGGAGAUCAAAUACUACAAAUAAAUGGAAAAUAUAUAAAAAACAAGGAAGAAACCGAACUACUCAUUGCCGAAAAUAAUAACGCUGUAACUCUGCUCGUUAGCCGAUAUCUUUUCACGGAUGAAGAUGAUUUCAACGACCCUCUGCUGGCGGAUCUAGAAGUUGAUGAGGAGGACGAUGUCGAAGAGGAGGAAUUUUACGUUGAAAGUAAUAUAACAUACGAAAAUUGCCUUCUUCAGAAUGAGCCUGCAAACGAAUUAGAAAAGGCUUUGGCAUUGCACAGUGAAAGGAAGCCAACAAAACUGCAAAUACCAGCUAUUGAAAAUCAGCUACCAACCACAGCAGCUGUCGCUAAUGUCGACACAAUUACUUCUCCUAGCAGUUCGGUUCAAAUAUGUGCAGAUAUAGUUGAAUGUCCUGAACAGAAGGUAUUACUCGUUUCUUCCCAGCCAACAACUGCUACUAGAAACGAUAAAGCUUUGAAUCAGUUACAAAACCAGCAACCACAAAAGCAAAACAGAACGACUCAUAAGAAUAUCGCGAAAAAAAACUUGCGCUCGCAUAAAGCAGAACAAUCAUCACGGACACUUCUGUCGCCCUUUGACUCUGUAAAAAACGGCCCUAGUGAGCAGCAUAUUAAUUACGACACAGAACAUAUAUACGAAACUAUACCAGAAGAUUCAGAAUCAGAGCCAUUUUAUUGCUCUCCAUAUGAAAGUUCAACAUAUGUAACGGCAUUCGGAUCCUGUUCCUCUACCACUACCGACUCGCCGCAGCUUCAGUUGCAAAAGAUGAAUGUUGCGAAAUGGCUAGAUGUAUGUGUUAACCCCACGAAUAUUUCACAACUGAAUGCCAUUUCUGCGUCGGCUCGUGGCACCAGCGCAGGUAACCGUAAGCAAUUCCACAACGAUACCAACGAAAUGGAAAUACGCAAGAAAUCCAAUACUGUGCGAAGCACCUUAACUACUAUCACAAACGGAUCAAGUAGUAGCGGUGGCAGCGGAAAUAGUGGCGGAAGUAAUAUUGUGGACGUUUCGCAAAAUGAAGAACGUGACUCCUCCAGCGCUUAUAAUACUGGGGGGUCAAACAAUAGUACAAUUCCACUAAGAUCAGUACUCAACCAAAGUGGAAAAUGCGACAGUAUGCUUGAUGACAGCAAAUCACUGAAAUCGCAAUUGCCAAAGGAUAAGACGUCCUCUAUUUUAUCCAAAACAGGCUGUGAUGCCCUAUCACAGCUUUCUCAAACUAUACGAAGCAAUAUAGAAAGCUCAGCAGAUGUUCGGACUAAUCCAUCGAACUUUUGCUGUCCACAAUUUGUUGCUCCGAAUCUUAGCCAAUAUCACUUUGUCAGCAGCCAAGAGGUGAGAACAGGAAUCCGCCAAACAAUGGCUGUAACAACCCGAGUCGACGAAGUCAAUCACAAAAGUCUCGCCAAAGAAGAUACCAUGGUUUGGAAAGUGAAGCGUCGGCAAGACGGCACAAGGUAUAUUGUACGUCGCCCUGCUCGUAAUCGCUGCCUGUUACGUGAUCGGUCUAUACGCAUCAAUACCGAACAUGUUCGUAACAGACAUAUGUCAACCACUACUGAGGAAGAUAAUAUAUCAGAGGUCAAAGUUGGCCGCUAUUGGUCAAAAGAAGAACGUAGAAAACACAUAGAGCGCGCUCGGGAACGAAAACAGCAACACCAACUUCAAAAACAGCAAAUAACUGAUGAUAAUAAUCUGUCGAAAGUGUUCGUAAAAGACCAAUCUUCUUUGAAACUUGUUCAGCAAAAAAAAACUGGAUUGAUUCCACAGCGUACAAACCAGAACCGGUUCGCAGAGCAUUCGGGAAAUCAGACUCAACAACCAAACAUCACUACGCCCUUGCAACAACAUUACCAACUGCAAUUUAACUCGUCUAGAAUACAGCAUCAAAAACAGGCGAGGUGUGAUUCUAAUGCAACUACCUGCGCCCCCAAUGUUUCGUUUAAUGAAAAACAAAGCAUAUCGCCGAAAGAGCUAGCACUUGAAACAGGUGAAACUGAAACGUGUAGAAUAUCAGAAAUUGGAGCAGUAAGUUCUAAAUCGAAUUGCCCGGUAUUCCCUAGCUCAUUAGUGGUGACGGGAUCCCAAACGGCUGUUGUCGUUACCAAUACUUCCACUUUUCCAGCUGCCGUCGAAAAGAGUGAAUUACAAAAUUGUAUCUCUAUUACUACCAUAUAAAGUAUUAUUGAUAUAUUUUGGGAGUCUCAGUCUUUCUUCAUUCCAUUUUCAUUUAAAUCACUUGUUUUAUAUCAUUGAAAACAAAAUUAUUAAAAAAUAAAGAUAAUACUAGUCUUGUGAGUUCAAUCUA